AAAUCAUCUUAGUGCACUGAGGGAGGAGGGUCCGCAGCUGCUUCCAUUGUAUGAAAAGGAGAAAUCGAAAGAAAUCACAGUUUAAAGGUUUAAUUCGAGAUCUCUCCUGAGGCGCUGAAGAUAUCGGACGGUCACGUUGUCAUUGUAGAUCGUAGGCCACCCUUGUCUUCCGUGGCUGGACAACCUAUCCCAUCAUGCCGAUAGUGGUCUUGCAGUCUUCCCGCCUGCUGUGGGUGCGUUUGGCAGCUCUGCUCUUCACCUGUGUGGCCUUCAGUGUCGUAGCACACGGAGGGCCAUUGAACAGAGGCGAGGGUGACUGGUGUAUCUUCUGCUGGGCUUUCAGCUUCGCCGUUACCUUACUGGUUUUGCUGGUGGAACUCUUCGGCCUCCAGACCCGAACGCCCGUCUCCUGGACCAACUUCCCCAUCACCUUCGCCUGCUACGCCUCUUUAUUCUGCCUCUCCGCUUCCAUCAUGUUUCCCUUGUACUUCCUCAAGGGAAGCGGCGCUUACGGAGAGACUCGAGAUCUCCGCAUCACUGCUACGGUCUUCUCCUGCCUGGCCACCGUCGCCUACCUGGGCGAGGUGAGUCUGUCCCGGGCUAAGCCGGGAGAGGUGGCCGGCUACAUGGCCACGGUCCCGGGGCUCCUGAAGGUGUGCGAGACUUUCGUGGCCUCUGUCAUCUUCGUCUUCAUCAGCAACCCGGUGUCGUACGAGCAGCACCCCGCCCUCAAGUGGUGCAUGGCCGUCUACUGCAUCUGCUUCGUGCUGUCGGCCGCCAUCGUGGUGCUUUGCGUGGGCGAGUGCACGGGCUGCCUGCCUUUCCCCUUCGCCCGUUUCCUGUCCGCCUACGCCCUCCUGGCCGUCGCCAUGUACCUCACGGCUACCAUCAUCUGGCCCGUGUUCAAAUUCGACAGCCGUUACCAUGGCGCGUCGCGUCGACCCAACUGGUGCAGCGAUAGGUCCGGGCUCUGUGACUGGGACAAGCUAGUGGCCAUAGCUGUGCUCACCGCUCUCAAUUUCCUCAUCUAUCUGGCCGACUUGGCCUACUCCGCCCGCCUGGUGUUUGUCAGCACUUAA